AUGAGUCAAUUAUGUAAGGAUGCACACCUUGAAAUGCAUUAUUCAACCACUCUUAAAAUAGUAAAACUUUUUAGUAAAUCACACCCCCUUACAGCAAAAGAAAUUGAAAGUGAAACUAACGAGUCAAUGUUUGACAUUUUAACAGUGUUGAAUAUGCUAACUAGAGCAGGUGUUCUACAUAAGAAAGACUUAGAAUAUUGGUUGAUUGAAUAA